GCAACUGUUCAGAAGUCACAGACACCCUUCAACGACCGCAGUUAAACCCCCCUACUCCCUUCUCUUCCCUCGUCUUAUCCUCUUUCUUCAUUCUUUGUUUGUCAUCAAUGAAAUAAGAGGAGAAAGAACAAAACUUUAGCCAGAAAAAUUGGUGGGGCAUUUUCUUUUUAGCUAAGGUAGUAGAAAAGCCAUGGAAAGUAACAACUUUCAGAGUUUUGCGUGUUGUGCAUGCUGGUUCCUCUUCAGUUCAUGUGUUCAUUUUUGGAGAAUUCAGUUGGUUUUGUUUUCUCUUUUCCUUUUUCGGAUUGUAAUAUCUGCAUGGCAUGUCGUGUUUGCCACUUUGGAUUUUGAAUUGCUCGGGUUUCUUUCUCGUCUUGUUGUUCUGUGUAAUAAUUAGAGUUCUCUUCUGGAGAUCUUACCCGUGUCAUUGUCUUUUUACUGUUCUGUGAAGUUGUGAAGGUUUUCAUUUUUGCAAAUGAGAUCCUUGUAGCUUGCAUGUUUUGAUUUUCUUUUGUUGAGGCAAUGCGUUGGAAAAUUGAGUAGGAAUGUGUUUUGUGAUUCAUGAAUGAUUGGAACUUUUGAUUCUUAAACUGAAACUUGUUUUGGGUUUAACUUCGGAGUUUAGAUGGCAUGUUAGCAUUCCACAUUUGAAAGGCUUUCAACAUGUGAACAAAAUUGAGUUUUUAUGGAGUUUCUGCUUCUCUUUGUUUUUCAUUUUUUCUAUGUUCUCUAGAGCAAAUUCAAGCUUGUGAUCUCAUGGAUCUUGCAGAAUGGAUUGGAUGUUGAUAAGCAGUAUUGAUCUGUUACUUCAGUGGGGGGACUGAGUGACGAUGCCAAACCAGCUAUGGUUUGCACUGCUAAUGAUUUACAGGGAUGGAAGGAUUUCCCAAAGGGACUCCGGGUUCUUCUCCUUGAAGGAGAUAGAAAUUCUGCUGCCGAGAUAAAAGCAAAGCUCGAGGCCAUGGACUAUAAUGUUUCUACCUUCUAUGAUGAGAAUGAAGCCUUGUCAGCAUUCUCAAGUAGUCCUGAAGGUUUCCAUGUUGCCAUAGUGGAGGUGAGUACAAGCAGUAGCCAUGGAGGUUUCAAAUUUCUUGAAAAUGUGAAGAACUUGCCUACCAUUAUGACUUCGAACAACCAGUGCCUGAACACCAUGAUGAAGUGCAUUGCACUUGGUGCAGUCGAGUUCCUUAGUAAACCACUCUCUGAGGACAAGCUCAAAAAUAUUUGGCAGCAUGUGGUUCACAAGGCAUUUAAUACUGGGGCAAGUUUCCAGUCUGAAUCACUAAAACCUGUCAAAGAAUCAGUAGAAUCCAUGCUGCAGCUCCAAACAGACAAUGGACAAAAUGAAAGUACGAAUUCAAUAGAUUUAGAGAAUGUUUCCAGGUGUAGUGACAAUGACCAAGAGCAUUCUGCUGGAAGUGAUAAAUAUCCAGCUCCUUCAACCCCACAAUUAGAACAGGGGACAAGGUUACUGGAUGAUGGAGAUUGCCAUGAGCAGACUAAUUGCUCAACAGAGAAAGAAAGUGGGGAACAUGAUGGGGAAUGCAAAUCUGUCGAAACUUCAUGUGAGAAUUUGAAUUCUGAAAGUUCUCAAGCAAGAGAACCUGAGAAGACUCUGAUUAAGGAGGAAGAGGAUUUUGCUAAUGGUUCCAAGGUUAAGAGUGCUGUUUCACUGAAUCCACAUAAUAGAAAGUUUCUCAGCAACAGCGAUGGUAAUAGAUCUCCAAAUAAAACGGGUGUACUUAAUGAUUCAUGUGAGAUUAAAGCUAAUCGGAAGAAGAUGAAAGUAGACUGGACGCCUGAGCUGCAUAAAAAAUUUGUAAAGGCAGUUGAACAACUAGGUAUUGAUCAAGCUAUUCCUUCUCGAAUAUUGGAGCUAAUGAAAGUGGACGGUUUGACAAGGCACAAUGUGGCAAGCCAUCUUCAGAAAUAUAGAAUACACAAGAGACAAAGUGCACCAGUGGAAGAAGAUCCAAAAUGGCAUAAUCAAAGAGAUACAAUGCAAAGAAACUAUUAUCUGCAAAGACCAAUUAUGGCCUACCCUCCAUAUCAUUCUAAUCACACCCUUCCUCCAGCUCCUGUAUAUCCUAGGUGGGGACAACCUGGCAGUCAAACCGCUGGUGUACAGAUUUGGGGCCCUCCUGGUUAUCCCUUGUGGCAUCCUACAGAAAGUUGGCAUUGGAAUCCUUAUCCUGGGGUGCAUGUGGAUGCAUGGGGUUGUCCAUUGUUGCCACCUGAACAAUCGCCUUCUUUUUCCUACACUCAAUCUAUAACUGGUUUGCACAAUGUUAAAGCAGUGAAUUAUAGAUUUGGGAUGCCACGAAGUUCCUUCGAGCAUUAUCCGGCAGAGGAUGUGGUAGACAAGGUUGUGAAGGAAGCAAUAAGCAAACCAUGGCUACCCUUGCCCUUAGGUCUCAAACCUCCUUCUAUGGACAGUGUUUUGGCUGAGCUAUCCAAACAAGGCAUAUCCAACAUCCCUUUUGGCAACAAGGGUUCUUCUACUUCUAGACCACGCUGACGUGUAUGACUGACCCCAGUGGUUCCCACAGCAUAGUGGUUCUGAUGGUGAUGGGCAACAUGGCAUGCUGGCAUGGGCCAAUCAUACAUCAACGCCCUGUUGACUCUUGUAAUUACUUUGUUUCUCAAAUUUCUCUCUCAGGUUCCAACUACAGUGCUAGAUUAGGCUCCAUUGGAAUCAUUUACUUGCCUUGUGGUCCCCACCUCAACACCGACCACUCAUGAUGAUGUCCCUCCUUAUGAUGCUAAGCGUUGACGGUUGACAUGAUGUCAGUCAUACAACACCAUGAUGAUACAAUGGACAAUACAUUGAUCCUAUUCCUAUCCAUCGCCAGUUGCCAAAAGAAAAUGCUAAAAAUAACAUUAAAAAAAAGGGGUUAAGCCAUUCAGCAGUUUCAAUGCAGUGCAUGGCGCCAUUUGGUGAAUGAAGCUGAGGACUGGCCACGCAUUUGUUGAAGCUUUAUACAAAAAUGUUGUGGCUGAAAAUAAAUCCUUAUGCAAAGUUUUGAUGCAUGUGGUGGGGGUUUUGAGUGACCAGUUUUGGGGUCCAUAUAUUAUAUGACAAGGAUUGGGGGUGUCUUGGUUCUAUUGGUGGUGUUGGGGUGGGGCAUAGUCUAAUAAUGGAAAGGGUAGAUAGGAUAAUGUUGUGAAUAAAGAUGAGUCCAGGCUUUGGUGGAUGCUAACUUGUUCUUUACCAAUUCAAUUUGUUCAGAAUUUAGAACAAUACCCAGUCUGUGCAGGCCAGGUGUUCAUACAACACUUUGGGUCCAUCCUUCUGUCUUCCUCAAUUUAUC